ACUCUGUUAGGUGCUGAGAGCAAACUCUGUUAAGUUAACAGUUGGCUCUUAAGCGUGCUCGCAAUUCGCGAUGUUGUUUUUCUGCCCGUCUUGCGGCAAUAUAUUAAUUAUUGAAGAGGACACCUCCAGCCACAGAUUCACGUGCAACACGUGCCCAUUUAUAUCGAAAAUCAAGCGCAAAAUAUCCACAAAAACCUACCCGCGCCUCAAGGAGGUGGAUCACGUUUUGGGCGGUGUAGCUGCGUGGGAGAACGUGGACUCCACGGACGCCGAGUGCCCAGCCUGCUCACAUAAGCGCGCCUACUUUAUGCAAAUACAAACACGCUCAGCGGAUGAGCCUAUGACCACAUUCUACAAGUGCUGCAAUCACCAGUGCGGUCACAACUGGCGCGACUAGACUCAUGCGCUACCUACA